UCCCCCAAACUUCCUUCAACAUGUUGUUGUUGCGGUAAAUGAAAACUGCAGUCCGUGAUAACUUAAGUUUAAGUAAAGGAAGGCAGUAAUCACCAUUGCAUCUGAUGUAGGGAAUUCCAUCCUGAAAAAGAAAACGGGAAUAACUUACUUUUUGGUGUAUAAUCGCCGAACAGCGCGAAAGUGUCAGAAUUGCAAAUACAACAACAACAACAACACCAUCUGUUUUGAUUGCUUUCUGAACAGGUCUGAGAAUGGCUCAAGUUCCCGUACUUCCUCUUCACACAGAGACGACGUCAGUGAUGCUGAGCUCCUACAGAGACCAACAUUUUAAGGGUAGCAGAACAGAUCAAGAACGACUACUUCAACAGACCAGCACUUUGUAUGUGGGAAACAUGUCAUUUUAUACAACAGAAGAACAGAUUCACGAGUUGUUCUCUCGAGCUGGCGAUGUCAAACGAAUUGUCAUGGGAUUAGAUAAAGUGAAGAAGACUCCUUGUGGAUUUUGUUUUGUGGAAUAUUACGUCCGAGAAGAUGCAGCUAAUGCCCUGCGCUACAUUAACGGCACACGAUUGGACGACCGAAUCAUUCGUACAGAUUGGGAUGCAGGCUUCAAGGAAGGAAGGCAGUAUGGUAGGGGGAAGAGUGGAGGACAGGUGCGGGAUGAAUAUAGGACAGAUUAUGACGAGGGACGAGGGGGCUACGGAAAAAUUCUGCUUACAAAAAUACGCCAGCCUCCUCGAGAAUAGAGAACCAUCACCUGUGCUGAUGACAUUGACAACAGCAAACAUUCGACCAAUUGCAACUGCAACCAGUUUUAUACCAGAAAAUGUAAAAAAAGCAAAUGGGUUACAGGUGUUGAUCUCUUGAUAAAGCAGCCUCACAAUUUGAUGCCAUGGCUAAUGGCUAAUCCCAUCUGGACAUUUUGUUUGCUUCAUGUUUUGAGUCUCUGUUUAAGCUAAAGGCAAUUUUGGGCGCAUGCUGAUUCCCUUGGGGCAUUUCUUGUUCAACGUUUUGAGCCUACAGAGAUGCUAGUAGUAGGGCAUGCUAAUUGCAUGAGGAAAUUUUUCUUGCUCUAAAUUUUGAGCCUUAGUUUUCAACCUAUGAUAAUGGUAAGACUCAACAAUAAGAAUUGACUGUUCAGGCUUAGAUCUCUUCCUGAUGGAAACAGAACACUGUCUGAUGGAACAUCUGGUCACUAAACUGGUGCACCUAACACUUCAGAAUAAACUGAACACAUCAUUCAUC